AUAAAAUUUUUAUAAAAAAUCGUAUUUUAACUAAUGAUAAAAAUGAAAAUAAUUAAAUGAAACUAGUCACUUUACAAUAAACUAGCCGCACGGAUUACUUAUAAUAAAAAAUCUCUUACAACAAAUCUCUAGCUCAAAAUGUCUUUAGAACAAACUGCUUGCGAUGAUGUUCUUACAGAUUUGAAGGCAUUUGAAAGGCGGCUCACGGAAGUUAUAGCUUGCUUACAGCCUGCUACUAUGAGAUGGAGAAUUCUGCUAGCCGUGGUGUCUGUAUGUACUGCUAUAGCGGCUUGGCACUGGCUGACUGAUCCUCUGACACCGGUUAUAUCACUGACCCAAUCUCUGUGGAACCACCCUUUCUUUGCCUUCACAUCAACUUUUCUCGUGUUGUUGUUCAUGAUGGGUGUGCACAGGAAGGUCAUAGCACCAAGUAUCAUAACGGCUCGCACACGCUCAGUCCUUAACGAUUUCAAUAUGUCUUGUGACGAGACUGGUAAACUUAUUCUGAAACCUCGACCAGCGAAUACGUAAACUGAAUCCAUACUUUCUUUGUGUAAAUAUAAUUUAAGUUUUCUAGAAGGUAGGUAAACAAUUUUGAUUAAACAAAUAAAACUUUACUCGAGAGA